CUGCCCCCCGCCACACGGGUGCUUCGGGUCUCGCCCAACCUGCCCUGCAUGGUGCAGGCGGGGGCCAUGGUGAUGGUGCGGGGCCGCCACGUGGGGAGCAGCGAGGCCGAGCUUCUGCGGACCCUGCUGGAGGCUUGUGGGCAGUGCGAAGAGGUGGCCGAGGCCCAGGUGGACAUCCACACUGGCCUCAGUGGCAGCGGCGUGGCCUUCGUGUGCGCCUUCUCGGAGGCCCUGGCCGAGGGAGCCGUCAAGAUGGGCAUGCCCAGCGGCCUGGCCCACCGCAUCGCUGCCCAGACACUGCUGGGCACCGCCAAGAUGCUGCUGCAGAGUGGACAGCACCCGGCCCAGCUGCGCACGGACGUGUGCACCCCCGGCGGCACCACCAUCCACGGGCUGCACGCCCUGGAGCGGGGCGGCCUGCGGGCGGCCACCAUGAGCGCCGUGGAGGCGGCUACCUGCCGGGCCAGGGAGAUGAGCGGGAAGUAGCCGGCCUGGAGUCCGGCCAGCCCCUCCCGUCCCUCAGGCCCCCGGGUGCCUCCCAGGGCACUGGGCCGUGGCCACCUGAUCCAGCCGCUCCCCUGACCCGACUCCAGGGCAGGAGGCCCCCAGAAGGUCUGGGGGCUCCGGCCUCGGCCGCCCACAGCCCAGCCCAAUCCCACCAGCCGUGGGGCCCCGGGGCCUGGGGCAGACGGGAGCCACGGGCGCCUGCUCGGGAAGCUGGGUGGCCCAUGGCGGGGGCCGCAGCUGGGUCGGACCUCCGCCGGCUGGCAGCUGGUGGAGGUGCCUGGCUCGCUGCGCUCCCGGAGCCUCGCCACGCCAGGCAGCCUGCUGUAACUGUCCCGGGCUCCUGAGCCCGCAGGGUGCGGGGGGAUGCGCACGGACCCCUGCAUCCCCCCACCUCCCUGGGGCCCCCCGCCUCGGCCUCAACCCCAUCCCCACCUUCCUCCCCACCUGUGGGACCCAGUCUGGUGCCCCGCAGGGAGAAUAAACACUGACCCGCAG